GGCGGGGGCGGGCGGAGGAAGGGGGCGGGCCCCGAAGUUGUUCCGCGCUGGGCGGGCGGGCGGCUGUGGGAGAGCGGGCGGCGGGCCGGCGGGCGGACCGGGCCGGGGCUGGAGAAGUUUGCGCUGCGGUUCCUGAGCGCAGGGUGCGGGCCCCGCCGGCCGCUGCGCGCCCGCUGCCAUGGCUUUCCGCAGGAGGACGAAAAGUUACCCGCUCUUCAGCCAGGAGUUCGUCAUCCACAACCAUGCGGACAUCGGCUUCUGCCUGGUGCUCUGCGUCCUCAUCGGGCUUAUGUUCGAGGUCACAGCCAAGACUGCCUUUCUAUUUAUUUUACCUCAGUAUAACAUUAGCAUGCCUACAGCAGACAGUGAGACCGUGCACUACCACUAUGGCCCUAAGGACCUGGUCACAAUCUUGUUCUACAUCUUCAUCACCAUCAUCUUGCAUGCUGUGGUUCAGGAGUACAUUUUAGAUAAAAUCAGCAAACGGCUUCAUCUCUCCAAGGUCAAACACAGCAAGUUCAAUGAAUCUGGACAGCUGGUCGUCUUUCAUCUCACCUCAGUGAUUUGGUGCUUCUACGUGGUGGUGACGGAAGGCUACUUAACAAACCCAAGAAGCCUCUGGGAGGACUACCCGCAUGUGCACCUCCCCUUCCAGGUGAAGUUUUUCUACCUAUGCCAGCUGGCCUACUGGCUGCACGCACUUCCUGAGCUAUACUUCCAGAAGGUACGGAAGGAGGAAAUUCCCCGCCAGCUCCAGUAUAUCUGCCUGUACCUGGUGCACAUAGCUGGAGCAUACCUCUUAAACCUGAGCCGCCUGGGUCUGAUCUUGCUGCUGCUGCAGUACUCAACUGAGUUCCUCUUCCACAUGGCUCGACUCUUCUACUUUGCAGAUGAAAACAAUGAGAAACUGUUCAGUGCCUGGGCUGCUGUUUUUGGGGUUACCCGCCUCUUCAUCCUCACCCUUGCCGUGCUGGCCAUCGGCUUUGGAUUGGCUCGCAUGGAAAACCAGGCAUUUGACCCUGAGAAAGGGAACUUCAACACUUUGUUUUGCAGGCUCUGCGUGCUGCUGCUGGUGUGUGCCGCCCAGGCCUGGCUCAUGUGGCGCUUCAUCCACUCCCAGCUGCGGCACUGGCGGGAAUACUGGAAUGAGCAGAGUACAAAACGGAGAGUCCCAGCUACACCCAGACUACCAGCCAGGCUCAUCAAGAGGGAAUCUGGUUACCAUGAAAAUGGAGUGGUGAAGGCAGAGAACGGAACCUCCCCACGGACUAAGAAACUCAAGUCUCCCUAAGGCCAAAGUGCUAAGAACAGGAAUCCUCUUGGUGGGGGCCCAGCAGGGCAUGAGGAGCCCAGGCCCCUCCCUCCCUCCUCCUUCCUGCCUGUGAUGCUCCGUCUCAAACAGCCAAAACCUGUCUUUCAAUGGGGGGGUUUUCUCUUUUUUUCUUCUUGGCUUUCUCUUCUGCCACAAACCAUUCUCAAUAAAGCCAAAAAACUUUCUCUUUCUCCCCUCAGGCCACCUCCUAUCUUCACCCCUGUCCCGUGCUGGCUUUUCCAGAAGCCCAGGUUCUCAUGGCUGUCAUCUUUCUGCUU